GAUGUUACCAAGGGUCUUGGUGCCGACCUGAACUUCAAGAAAGGCCAACCUUUCAAGCCAUACGAACAGCUCAUGGGUGUGUUGCCAGAUCGAAGCAAGAAAAUCGUACCGACGGUCUAUCACGAUCUGAUGACUAACCCAAAUUCCCCCAUCAUCGAUUUCUAUCCGAGAGAUUUUGAACUGGACAUGAAUGGCAAGAAAAUGGAAUGGGAAGCGGUGGUCAAGAUUCCUUUCAUCGAAGAGACACGUCUCCUCACUGCCAUGGGGCCUAAGAAUGAGCUUUUAAGCGACGACGAAAAGGCACGAAACGGCUUUGGAGUUGCCAUCAAGUUCACCUACUCCCCAGAAGUGAAUUUCGUCUACCCUUCUCCCCUCCCUGGAAUCUUCCCGGAGAUCCAAUAUUGCCGCUGCAUUGAGAACAUAUUCGACCUACCCAAUGUUGAGGGGCUUGAGUAUGUCUCAGGCCUAACCAACGGAGCUUUGGUAAACAUCAAGGCCCUUGCCGGGUUCCCGACAAUGCAUACGCUACCAUACUCAGCACAGCUGGUGGACGGAGCCGGAGUCAAUGUUUUCCAGCAGGACAGCAGGAAUCCAAGCAUCAUUGUCACUCUUACCGAUACGGAGAUGCGCACAAAGGUCGGAACUUGGAAAGAGAAAUUGGGAAAGCGCUGCUUCGUCGGCUAUCCAUUCCUUCAGGAAGCCAAGGUUAUCAAGGUUCAAGAUGAACUCUUUACCUACGAGUUGGCUGAGAAUGAACAAGAUGUCAUCACAAAGGAUCACAGUAAUAGAGAUGCUGCUGAUUAUGCAAAGGAGGCAGAGUUCUUGGAGAACUGGCAUGCCAAGCGUCUAGGCAUCACAGUUGGUCAGGUUGAAUGCCUAGUCCACGUCCACAUGCUCAAAGGUCUGAUCAGAACAGAAGAGGGUGCUUUGAUCAAGGAAUAUGCCGAAAAUCCUAGCCUGCGCAAGGUAUAUGCAUCGCAGACCAUCGUGGAGGAGGUAGUCAACGAGGACGAACGCUUCAUUGAAAGGCCAGCCCUCCCCAUCGAAGAAGAGUUUCCGCAAGGCACAAGGGCUUUCUUCCUGGGCGAGUUCGCUUAUGGCCGCCCAUUGGAAGUGACGGGACAUGUGAAUGGAAAAGCAAAUAUUGUCGUGUCCGUUCCUAAGAACAAAGAGCCAGAGAUCACCAAGCAGAUGAUCUUCCAAGCGGAGCGCAACAACCCAUACACGCCUUCAUACGCAAUUGCCAAAAAACUAGGCAUUCAUCCCCUCAUACUUAGCAAGAUAACAUCAUCUUUCCAAGUUAUUAGUUCCGCAGGAUUGAAACUCAAUCUGGGUCUCAACCUGAAGUUUGAAGGCCGAAAACUCAAGGUGUUGGGGUUCUCACGCAAGUCAGAGACGGGGUGGGAAUUCUCUAACCAGGCUGUGAAACUUAUUGCCGACUACAUGGUGGCCUUCCCCGACUUCUUCGCGGCGAUCCAGAGGGAGCCGCAGAAGAGCGAGACUUAUGAAACCGACCUGUGGAAUGAUCCCAGCGUCGCAAACCAGAGGAUCAAAGACAUAGUGGCAUGGCUGAAGAAGCAAGAAACUAGCAAGUUUGAGCGAGUUCCGCUGGAUGCUGAGCAACUGGACUCAGAGGUUGUUAUGGCCUUGGCCAAAGCCGGAGAGCAGCUGCACCAGGCGAGUCUAGAAGCAACUGCCAAGACUCUCAACUCUGUCCCUCGUACAGCCUUGCUGAAACCAGCGGACGCGGAAAUGGUACUGGGCAACCAGUACUUUAGGUUGGGAGACCGGGUCACUUUUGUCGCCGCUGCUGGAAAAGUCCCCAUUGCAACUCGGGGAACAGUUGCUGGUAUUUCUCGCACCGCGACUGCUGUUCUCUUAGAUGUCGUCUGGGAUGUCCCCUUCAUGAGCGGCACAACCCUUGGCGAGAGAGCCCCAAUGUUUCGUGGGCAGACCGUGUCAUCAUCUACCGUGCUGAACACUACAAACUGGCAGGUCGUCUCUGCCUCCUCCAAGUCCCGGCAACGACGCAAUGUUCCAGCAACCGGGUCCACCGGAUCGUACGGCUCGGUCGGUGUAACACAGUACAAGGAUGCUCCUGCGCCUCCCGCUUUACGCGGCGGAUGGCGUGGAGCUGCCACGGGCGAGUCUGGCCGUGGACAGAGCAGCCCCAAUCGCGGCGCGCGUGGAGGCAAGCCAAACCUACUGCACAGCACACUGGUCUAUCGGCCAGGCUCACAAGGGGGACCCCCAGGAGGCGAUGACGCGAACAAAGCUCAGAAUGGCAAUCAUGUAAAUGGGAGAGGCGGCAAUGGCGGUGGCCGAGGUCAAGGGCGUGGCCGAGGCAAUGGCGGCAACAGAGGCUCGGCUGCUCCACAAGCUGGAGGACGAGAUUACUCCAACGUCCCGCCUCCGGCCAACCUUGAGGCAUCGCGAGGUGGACGAGGCCGUGGCCGAGGAGGAAGGGGACGUGGCGGGGGUAACCCCAAUCGCGGCCGUGGGGGGGCUAUAGCGCACCAGGCUUAGGAAGACAUACCUCUAUGGCCCUCCUUCUCUAGGUCUGAAGUGAGAAGAAGAUGGCAUUGAGUGGCAGGAUGUUGGGGUGCCUUGUGAUGGAUGGAUGUAGCUAUGACAACAUGUCAGAUUAUAUCUCGAACCAUUACUUGAGUACGAUGUGGCAUGG